UUAGAGUUGGUUGCUAGUCUCACGGUCAGGGCGAGUAGGCUUCGCAGCCGGGUUCAAUUGAUGCUAUGGACAAAAGACUCUUCUCUGGGGAGGGAAAAGGGAGGCGCGAAGCGCCGGACACGCGAUGCGGAAGAAAAGGUGGUGCGGCGUCUUGUUGCACGGGCUGCUCAGCGGCACGUGCUCCUGUGGACACCUGCGCUGUGCGAUGAACUGCCCUGGGCCGUCACAUUUGCACCUAUUCCUAUUGCCCCGAGCCGGGUCCCAAACCGUGAAAGCAGCGUUAAAACCCCCAGCUAUGUUAUGGAGUGGCGGGCCCCCUCGGGCCUCCAUCCAUUUCUGCCGCACCACACCGCCUGCCCGCUGUAG